AUGGAUAAAAAAUCAGAUUGGUUGCUUGAUAGUGGUGCAUCGUCGCACAUGAGCCCUGAGCAAAAGGAUUUCCAUACUCAUAGAGAGUUGAAAGAGAUCAUUGGUGUUACAAUUGCUGAUAGUAAAUCACCCCAUGCGCUUGGUAUGGGUGAUAUUAACAUGCGAUGCCCUCAAGGUCGCAUAAUGAAACUAGUAGACGCUCUUUACAUUCUUGGAUUGGAUCGUCGACUACUCUCAGUUGCAAAACUUACCCAGAAGGGCCUCACGGUGAGUUUUGGUAUGAAAGAGUGUACAAUCUCUCGAGGAGAAGAAUUGAUAGCGACCGUCUACAAGCAAAUAAUGUGUAUCGUGUGA